CGUGCAUCAUUUAGUCGAGAACAUCACUGUGACUCGCGUUUCUGAUCUACGCAACAACGUGGCUUGCGGUCCCUUUUGUAACUAUCGCGUAAACUCCCACGUGCCACAUUAGGCCACCUUUCAUUCUCGAGUUAGAGGCACGAGUUCACUGAAGAAUUUACGUCGCCGGUAUACGAAUACAAUGGACUAGAAUUAUCCAGACGCGUUUCAAUAUGAAUUUCGAUGAGCCACCUUAUCAAACAGAAGCUGUCGACGCUCCGAUAUAGAGUGUCUUCCCAUUUUAUUGAUGAAAGGCGACUUAAAGUAGAGUUACUAUUUAUGUGCGGAGUCUUUUAUGUGCAAUAUCUUUAAUAUUUUUUAUUGAGGAAUAAAAGACGUUGCGAGUGAAAUGUUUGUAAGUAAACUAUGGUAUCUUAAAUAAAGAGAAAUAGAAGGAUAGAAGGAGAGAUGGAAGGAAGAGGAGAAAAGUGUAUUUCAUAAGAAUCUGCUAAGGUCAGAGGACUCAUCAGUUGCACUAACUUAAAAAGCAUGUGCCCGUGCCAUAGACACCCUGAUAAGAAUGUUGAGACGUGAUACAUAUUUAUAAUUAUUGAUAAAUAGAAGAGAAAGUACUAGCGAGAAAGUGUUAUACGUCGGCGUAGUACGAAAGUUUGGUUAAAUAACGUUUAGAGUGGGAAUUCAAAUAUAACAGUGUUGUAAAAAUAAUUAAAUUUCGUUAAAGUGAAAGUUGUUCAAGUACUAGAAAAGAAAGAGGGAACAGAAAUUGAUCCAACAGAGUGAUUCUUCAAUAUAUCAUAAAUAUCACACUGCUAGUGUGAUUAAUCAAUAUGCUGCAAAUAGGAAUGCUACAAACAUGUCAGGUAAAAGGAAAAAAGUGACUGUAACCAUAGCAAAGAAGUUAAAAGCUUUGUACAGGAUUGAUAAAGGUGAGCCAUUGAGAAGUAUUGCUAUUGAUUUAGGAGUAGGAAUAUCUACUGUUUCUGAUUGGAAAAAAAACAGGAAAGAGAUAGAAGAUUUUUGUGCCAAGAUGGUUUCUAGGGAUAGCUUAGGCAACAGAGGAACAAUUAAAAAAGCAAAGAAUGUAACACUAGAUGAUGCACUGUAUAUGUGGUAUAUUCAAGAACUUGAAAAUGGUAUUCCUAUGUCAGGACCUAUCCUUAGAAAAAAAGCUCUGAGUCUUAAUAAAAAGUUAGGUGGUGAUCCUACUUUUACAGCAAGUGUAGGAUGGUUAGGAAGAUGGAAAGCCCGACAUGGUAUAAAACUGACCCUCUGUAGUCAAAGUUUACUGGAGGAUGCCAUAACUAAUGGCAACUCAGAUCGAUUAUUAUUAGAAGAUGAUAUUGUGAGUGCACGUUUAUCCACUCAAGAUGAAGAUGACAUUCAAGACUCCUUUAUUGAUAGAUGUCAUCAAGAAGAAACAGAUAUCAACCACCUAGAAGCAACAACAAUGCUAGAAAAAUUGAUAACUUAUUUUGAACAGCAAAAUGACACCUUAGAGAAUGAUUUAAUGACUCUACAACAUUUACACAAUCGUGUAUCAAAAAAAUAUUUGCUGACUCUAAAGCAGGAAACUACUGUUUUGUAAAAUAAUACUCUCAGUGUAUAAUUAUUGUAUAUGUCUUUCUAUUAUACAAUUUUUUAGUGUAAAUAAAUUUUGCAAAUAUAUAUUUUUUACUCUUGACCUACUGAGAAUUAUACAUUGAAUAUUACAUUAGUUCUCAUGAAUGUAUUUAGUUCUGACAAGUUUAUACAUGUUUACUAUAGAAGUAAUCACUACCUUUUCAAAUUUUAUAUUUAUUUUAAAAUAUGUAGAAAAGAUAUUUUUAUCAGGUAAGUGUCAUUUCUUAAACCUUCAAUUCAAGGAAUUCAAUCGCUAUCAUGUCAAUUUCUAUGAAAAAAUAUAAAGAGAUUGUAUUAAAUAAUAAAAAGUAAAAUAAUAUAGAUCGAAGCUAAGUAACAAAGAUUUAUAUUUGUCCCUAAACCAGUAGCGCUCUCUCGAUCAUAAAAUGGCACGUCAAUUAACCCACUUUUUCUCUACUACAUUCUUCGCCUGUAAUAAUAAUAAGUAAUUGAAAAGAAAGCAUAGUUAAAUAGUUAUUAACUACAUCCUAUAUUCAGCGAACUUAAUCACUUUUAGGAUAAUCGAGCCAUUUUCAAUCAGUCAAUCGAUUUGCCUCACCUAGUCCAAUUACUUUUUCAAUGACUAUCUAAUCGGCACGAUAACUUAAAAUAAGACGUUAGGGUGAAUAUCCUCCUGAAUAUUUUUUUAUCACGCAUUCCAUCGUAUCGUCUAGAGUCUAGAUCGAACGUUGAAACCCGAGAAUCUCGAUGGAAUCGCGGCGAUUCCAGUUUCUGCUCCGUCGCUCUGAUUCGCUCGGCGAAUUUCCAAGAAGUCUGCCUAUGCCUCUCUAACGGGCCAUUGAAUUUCAGCAAAAUUGCGUUGCGCAUACUUCUUGCAGGUGGAAAAGCCCACGAUCGACAGAAUUCACCGUUAGAUUAUGAAGAUGUUGCAGAUUUUUGUAUCCUCUUGAGCGGAAACCGA